AGUUCUGUUCAGACGGUGACCCGGGAUAAGUUUGUGCGAGACUUUGUGAAACUACGAAGGAAUUCAAUAUGAGCAUCUGCAGCGGCGAGGAUCUUACAUUCAGGAGGGUUCUCAAGCCUCCUGGUGGUGAAGACAGCGACAUUUUCGGCGUGAGGACCCCGUCGACUCCGUCCACUCCUCUCACCGCUUCCCCUCGUCGAUCCAAGGGUCAGGCCUCGUCUAUCUUCGGCUACGGGGAUGAAAUCGAUAGAGCAUCGGUUUCUUCUGGAGCCUCGACUCCCCGCAGGAAGAUGUCGACUUCUUCUCAAGAACGUCUGUUCGGCUCUGAGGAAUUCUCGACUCCACGACGCGUCGUAGAUCGCAUGAAGUCCUCCGUAUUCGACGGCCAGCGCUCAGCGCCCACAACUCCGGUCGCCGUGAACAAGAAGUAUAUUUCUCGCAACCCCAUCACAGGAGACGUGUACACCGUAGGAUCCCCAACUCGUCAGAUCCGUGGCGGCUCAUCAGACUGCUCCAGCAACGGAUCCGUGUCGCCAGUGGAGGGCCUUCGCCCAAACGGCCGGUCCGGGCCACUGUUCUAAGCAAUCUUUCUGCCGUGUUUUACAUUGUAAAAACAACACAAUAUCCGUAACCUAUCUGCGUAUUGCACUGAAACGACCUAAUUGGCAUAUUUCACUCAUUUGUGGUUCUGGGAACCUCUGUACUCCGUCUUUCGACUCCACCGCUCAGAGUCCGCGAGCGUGAGGCACCCAAGUCCGAAAAACGAUCCCUCUAAGCAUCGGGUCUCACUAAUUUAUGUGAGCGAAAAUUCGAAUCCACCCGGUCAUACAGCCGAUCUAUCCGAUCUCGUUCGAUUGCACCAUUGCAAUUAUUCGCUGCACCACUCAAGAUGGAGAGACGAUGGGUUCGAAUGAGAAUUCUGCCGAGGUCAGAAAAAUCUGAGAAGGACCGUCCCUUCCGCAGUUCUUUCGAAGGA